UCGGAAAAUAAAUGUUAACCAAACAUGAACAAUUUGUAUAUUGUGUUCGCAAUAAUAUUAAUUCAUAAUGGAACAAUUGUAACAGGUAAAAAUGAAGAUAAAACAUAAAUAUACGUGUCACGCUAUCGCAAUUUUCAACAAGGUCAUCCCAUACAUCCGUUUGAACAAAUUCAUCGUAACAAUCGAAUUAUUGAAUGGAAAGUUCCACCAAUCCUAGUCAAUGUAUCCACUUUUCCUCGAGGAUUGACGCCUAUAUUGCCGUCCAACAAUUACACGCACACACUUCCUUCUAGAUCCAUCGAUGGGAAAAUACAAACUAGACCAACAAACAAAACCAUAGAACCACAAGCCGGAAUUGAAGAGUAUAUGAGGUCGUUCGUAACUUGUAGCAACUGCAAAGCUGGAAUAUUUUUCAUUUUUAGUUACGUAUCUAAAUUGAAAUCUGAUGAAAAUUUUAAGACUCUCGCUGAUAUUUGCAUUACGUUUAACGUAUUUCCACCGGAUGUUUGCAAUGGUUUGAUCGUAAAAAAUACGCCAGCCCUACAAUUCAUUCUCAAUCGAGCAAAUUUCGACGUAAACGAGUUUUGCGCGACUCUUCUGCUUAACGAUGACUGUAUAGGAAAUGGAAAGUCACUGAAUGAAAACUGGGAAGUUACACUGCCAGUAGCACCAAAACCUCGACCUAAUAAUGUUCCGUUGCCUAAAGAAAAUUCGCCAAGCUUUAAAGUGUUGCACUUAACCGAUAUUCACCAUGAUCCACUUUAUUCUGAGGGAGCAAAUGCUGUGUGCAAAGAGCCAUUAUGUUGUCGCGAUAAAAAUCAAACUGUUGAAAAGGAAAGUGAUAGGGCUGGAAAGUGGGGCGAUUAUCGGAAUUGUGAUACACCGAAAGCGACUAUAGACAAUAUGUUUGAUCAUAUUGGUGACGUACACUCGGAUAUCGAUUAUAUCAUUUGGACUGGUGAUCUUCAACCGCAUAACAUUUGGAGCGAAACCAAAGAAGAAGUUUUGAAAUUACUCCGAGAAACGGUUAUGACACUGAAGAAGAAGUUUCCCAAUAUUCCAGUAUUUCCAGCUAUUGGAAAUCAUGACACUUCUCCAGUCAACUAUUUUCCUCAGCCGUACAUCACGGAUCGACAAUUUUCUGAUAAGUGGUUGCUAGACGAGCUCAACGUUUUGUGGCACACUUGGCUUCCCGAAAAUGUAUCGACCACUAUCAAGUAUGGUGGAUUCUACUCAGUGUUGCUGCGGCCAGGAUUUCGUAUCAUAUCAUUGAACACAAACUACUGCUAUUUUGCAAACUUUUGGCUUAUUCUAAAUGCAACGGAUCCAGCGUCUCAGUUGCAAUGGCUAAUCUACGAACUUCAAGCAGCAGAAUUAUCCAAUGAAAAAGUUCAUAUAAUUGGCCAUAUGUCUCCUGGUUAUAUAGAUUGCAUGAGAAUUUGGUCAAAGAAUUAUUACAACAUCAUCAGACGAUUCGAGUCAACGGUCACUGGUCAGUUUUUCGGUCACACACACGGAGAUGAGUUUGAAAUGUUUUGGGAUGAUCCGGACGAUUUGAAUAGGGCUGUAAAUGUGGCGUACAUUGCGCCAUCGGUAACAGCAUUCUCAAAUUUUAAUCCUGGGUACAAGAUCUAUUACGUGGAUGGGGAUCAUGCUGAUACAUCUCGAAUGGUUAUCGAUCAAGAAUGUUGGACUUUCAAUUUAGACGAUGCGAAUGUCCAAGGUUCACCAUCAUGGUACAAACUUUACUCUGCGAGAUCUAGUUAUGGUAUGGCUGGAUUACGUCCUAAUGAUUGGAAAGAAUUCGUUAAUAAGAUAGAAACUGACGACGAAGCUUUCGAUUUGUAUUACAAGCACUACUGGCGAGAUUCAUCGAAACGACCAAAUUGCGACGAAAUGUGUAAGAAACGGUUUAUUUGUGAUACGAGAAGUGGCCGUAGUCACGACCGAAAGGUGUUAUGUCGGAAUUGAUUAGAGUUGAAUGGGAUGAUAAAAUAAAUUGUGGAUUUUGGUCUUUUAAUAUUCUUACAUAUCUUUACGGACUAAUAAAGGUGCUGGCAUUUAUAGCGACAUUUUAAAAUAACCUCAGUGUGGCUCAUGCCACAAUCAUUACAA